ACUUUCCGUGAUGCAGAAAACACUGUUUACCGUUCUCGUGGUCGCUGCUUGUGUAGGCAUCACCACCGCACAGGUGUCCUGUUCUACAGAAUGUUUGAGCCUGGCAACUCAGAUUCGCAACGCCGACAGUUUUUUCACUGCAGCUUCCCUUUAUAGAGAGUUUUUCAACGAUGGUUGCAAUAUCCAGUGCCUAAACCAAGGAACACAGACUACAACUACGACAACCAGAACAACUACAAAUACAGCAACACCAUCGACAACAACAUCAAGAAUAAUGUCAACAGCAACUGCGCAGGAACGGCGUAUCAAAUCUGGUUAAUAUGCUAAAGUUUUGCAGAACAACACUUUGCAUGGCAUAAUGCACGUUACAAGCAACGCCUGUGACAAUAUCAUCCCGGUCAACGCAUAUUUUGUGUGGUAUUUACAAUAAAGAUGCACCAAUUUAAACAACUGACUUCUGUGUAAGAAUAUAUAGCACCAGCAUUAAAUAAAAUCAAUCCAGCAGAAA